CCAGUUCAGCUGUGCAGCCUAGCUUCCCUAUGGAUGUUGAAGACGAUGCCUGGCAAGUUGAAAGAGAGUUUUUGGAGGAGGAUUGCCAACAUGAGCCUGAGAAGGAGGAGCUUGAGGAGCUUAGAGAAGUGGAGGUGAAGAAUGAGGAUUUGAAUCAGGAUCAAAAGGAUCAAGGUUGUGAGGAAGACACCAAUCUUCCAGUCUGUGAUGAUCCGUACAUGGAAGGAACUUCGACUUCCAGUUGCACCGCUUCGACCUUCGUGAAGGCUGAAGAGCGAGAUGGCGACGCGUUCGAAAGGUCAGACCUCGAGGCCGCCAUGCCCAAGUUGCUGGCGUUUCUGACGGACCUUCGCUCCGAAGGAGUCGACGCGACAUCGCCGGAGGGGUUGGCUCACCUGGCCACCGGCACCCUGGUGGCAGCUUCACGUCGCUUGUGGAGACUGGGCGCUUUGGAGCCACAAGGCUAUGGCGUUCCACCGAAAGUGACCGCUUUGGGCACUUGGCUGUUGAAGGUGUCGAAGAACCACUCGGUGUCACCAGCUGCAGCUCGGGCCUUGUUCUUCGGUGCUUUUUACCAUUGUUUGCUUCCCAUGGCUGCGACGGUGGCUUUGCUGCAGCCAGACAUGGAACCGAAGAAGAGCCUCCGAACGGCGUGGCGAAGUCGCUUGCGGUCCUCAUCCUUGUCAUCCACUGCCUGGUCGGGACACUUCAUCCUGAUUGCUUCCUACCUGAAGUGGAGAGAGUCGAAAGAGAUGAGAGAAGGGAGUCUCUUUUCAGCUGUGGCUGUGAGAGAACAGACUGAAGCACCAGAGGAAACUGGUGUGUCCGAAACCCAGACUUCGUGCAGCGAAUGUCACACUGCCGAAGAUGCAGAGAACGUAGCCACAAGUGCUGAGGGGAUUCACGCUCAGAGCGCAUCCAAGACCAACGGAGAUGCGUUUUGGGAAGCAUUGGAUGCGAAGGUCAUGACAUUUUGCCAAUUUGCGCAGUCGCAGUUCAACCUUAAUGAUCUUGACCUUGACGGAAGACCGUGGACGGUAGCCCUAUUGGACGACCAGCACUCUUUGGUUUUGGCAGCGUUGUGCUCAGCCUUCCCUCCCCGACGACGUCCUGGAGAAUGGGUGGUGCAAGGGGACUUCCGGAGCUUCCUGGAGGUGGAAUUGCGAGUCAGCAACGCUUGUGCAUGUUUGUUUACAUCCUCCCCACCACGACGCGUGGGCGAUCACGAAGUCGAGUUGGUGGGAUUUUAUGGAAGAAUCAAACCUGGAAUGGAGGCAUCCUUUAAAGAAUCAUGCGCCAUCAGGGCACAAAUUGCCUCGAACAUAGCGCUGGCUUUGGAUCAAGGCAAUGCAAGCAUUGGCCUGGCAAAGGAACAGGUCCAACGCAUUUUGAAUUUCUUAUCAUCUCCCCGUGGCGACUUCUUGGUCUGCGAGAAUGACAGCCACGAGCUGGGAGCGGAUGGAGCGGCGGAAGGAAGUGCCGAGGAAGUUGGCCUUGGCGUUUUGACCCUUUUGGGCCGGGCAGAUGCAGGCAGUGCAUGUGGAGGACGGGAUCGCAUGUGCGUCCCUGCCAAACGCGCCAGCUACAAAGAUGCACUUCGUGGUCGCAUCGUGCCACAUGCUCAACGGAAGCGGGCCAGCUCUGAGAUGGGACCCCCAAAACCUCGGCCGGUGGUGAAACGGAAUGAUCACGAUCACUCCGAAUCUAUGGAUGUGAAGAAACGUGACGCAGAUGGCGGAGAAGAAACUGAGAAGACCAAUCCCGAGCCAAUCCCGAGCAAGUGCGUGGAGGACUGGGCCACCGGAUUGGUGCACGCUGCUCUUUUGCGUGUGCUCAAGAGAAGGGCCGCUGCAGCCGAAGAAUUUGAUGUGGCGUCAAGGCUGAAGGCGCGAGAGAGAGGUGCAGAUACGGCUUUGUGUGCAGGCCGCGCUCGCGCAGUGCAGCUUUUGCAUGCGCCAAAGCUUGCCGCCAUUGAGAAGCUCAAUGAUCGAAAACGCAAGGCUGUCGAGUUCGAAGAUUACGAGCUUGCCAGGCAGCUGAAACAAAAGGCCGUGGCGGUUGAAGCUGAAAUAAAGAGCGUGGACGAGGCUGCCCUGGAGGACCUUGCCUUGGAACAAGCCAGCAGGUUAGCUUCCAUGGGCCGAAGCCACGCGGAGCUCUGAUGCCUCAAACCUGUGGGAGGAAGUCGCUUCUGUUCUGCCCACCUUCCGCCUCAGUGAAAAGGCCAGCGAGACGUGUGAAAAAGA